UGUUCUGAGGGCAAAAGUGGUGCAACUCAAUAUUAGGAAGGUGUUCCUAAUGUUUUGUACACUCAGUGUAUAAACAGUACAUAAGUCCUUUGUUGAAAACAUCGGUCAAAUAGACACCAGUAAAACAGAGCUAAAUGUUAGUGCUGCAAUGAGUUUUACUUCCUGUAAUAAGACCUUGACUCUGUAUUACCUGUGUAUGAUUGGAGGACCUUUGCAGUGUAAGACAUACAAUAGCAUGGAGUUCUGAGAGAACAGAGUAAAUGAACCAGUAUGUGAGUCAGCUGUAUUUCACUGUGCUGUGAUGUACUUUACCCUGUACAGAUCAGGUGAGUGCUGUAUUUCCUGAGUUUUUUUAAUGCAGGUGUUUGUGGAGUGGAGCUUUGAGUGAAGAAGGAAUCUCCAUAAGGAACACAAAUACUUCUAUCAUCCACAAGAUUAUGCCACAGGGACAAUUCAUGUUUAAUGCAACAAUGAACAGCAAAUAGGCAGAUGGAACAUUGCUCUUUUUUAAAUCUACUUGAAUGUGGUAUGGAAUAACAACGACUACAUUUAAAAAUAUAUAUUUAUAUAUUUUUUUAUCCAGGAAGUAUCAUUGAGGUCGGAAGACCUCUUUUAUGAGUGAGAUCUAGCCAAGAGGGCAGCUCAAUAAAAAUCACACAUGUAUCAUACACAGCACAGUAACAUUAACUUUGCAUACAAUUCUGAAUAAUGUCUUAUUUAAAUGAGUUUGUAUACUGUUUCAUCUGUGCAGAUGUUACGCAGACAUAUGUGGAUCUCAUAUUGAUUAGGAUAUACUGAAUACGCUUUGAUUUGAUAAACAUAUAUACAUAAUGUUAAUAAAAAGUGAUUCAUUAAAACUAACUUGUACAUUUUAAGGAGGGAGAUGAGAGGCUAAUAUAAAAGUAUGUUGUCGUAUAUUCAGUAGAUCAAUUGAUAGAGGCUGUAUAGGUAAGCAUUACAAUGUUAGUAUACAAAUAAUAACCCCAAAGGUUUCCCACCGUGGUAAUCACUUUGAACGGGGCUGAGUUUGUGUGCACUUUGAAUCCAGGGCGAAUUUGAGCACGUAGCCGGAGUAUUGCCGGACGAUAUACGCUAUCGAUUGGAUGUUUUCCACAGCUCUAAAGCGAUGUAAAAGGACAACACCGACGAUACUCCGUGUCUUUAGUCGAAUGGAAUCCACUCCACAUUUGGAGUGCCUCACAUCAACACAGGAUUAGGAUCAGGAUCGUCUCUCUGUCUCCCAAUUCUCAAUUUAAGGAUGUAUGAAAACGCACCUACCUUGGUGGCACCACAGAGGGUCUUGGGUGAUCGUAGGACAACUCAGGAGGAGAUGCUGGGCCAGACCAGGCAGGUGAUCCAGGGGAUGGAGGCCCUGAGACUAGAGCACCACUCUCUCCUGGAGGGCAUACUGGGGAGCCUGCACUGCCUGGAGGUGGAGGGGAGCCAGAACCACGAGGAGCCCAGCCCUGCCCAGGAGAAGGCCAGGGCCAUCCGCCGCUCGCUGGACACCCUAGAGCUUGGGCUGGGCGAAGCGCAGGUCUUGCUGGCACUGUCGGCCCACCUUAGCAUGGUGGAGGCGGAGAAGCAGAAGCUGCGUGCUCAGGUGAGGCAGCUGUGCCAGGAGAACCAGUGGCUGCGGGACGAGCUGGCCAGGGCACAGUGGAGGCUGCAGGAGAGCGAGCAGAGUGUGGCGCAGCUGGAGGAGGAGAGGAAGCACCUGGAGUUCAUGAGCUGCCUCCGGCGAUAUGAUGACGACGGCGAUGACCUUUCGUCCCCCGAAGAGAUGGAUUCCAGCAAGGAGACACUGGAUGACCUCUUCCGCAAUGACGAAGAGGAGAACCAGGGCCAUGGCAUUCAGCAGCACAGUAGCAAUGUGGCGAUGGCUGCCGCCAACCAGGGUGGCUACGAGAUUCCAGACCGUCUGCGUACGCUCCACAACCUGGUGAUCCAGUACGCCUCGCAGGGUCGCUACGAGGUGGCCGUGCCUCUCUGCAAACAGGCCCUGGAGGACCUGGAGAAGACCUCCGGACAUGAGCACCCAGAUGUAGCCACCAUGCUUAACAUUCUGGCCCUAGUCUACAGGGACCAGAAUAAGUGCAAAGAGGCAGCAAACCUUCUCAACGACUCGCUAGCGGUACGGGAGAGGACCCUUGGCAGGGACCACCCGGCGGUGGCUGCUACACUCAACAACCUGGCUGUGCUUUAUGGGAAGAGUGGGAGGUACAAAGACGCCGAGCCACUGUGUAAACGAGCUCUGGAGAUUAGGGAGAAGAUACUGGGUAAGGAGCAUCCUGACGUGGCCAAGCAGCUGAACAACCUGGCCUUGCUGUGCCAGAACCAGGGGAAAUAUGGAGAGGUGGAGCAGCACUACCAACGGGCCCUGGACAUCUACCAGACCAGGCUUAGCCCCGACGACCCCAACAUGGCUAAAACCAAGAACAAGCUGGCCUCCUGUUACCUAAAGCAGGGGAAGUUUAAACAAGCAGAAGUGCUGUUCAAAGAUAUCCUAACCCAUGCCCACGAGAAGGCCAGUGGCUAUACAAAUGGGGAGGUCAAGUCCAUCUGGAUGCAGGCAGAGGAGAGGGAGGAACAGUGUGCUCCUCAGGGCAGACAGAGAGAAGGCCUGUCUAUAGGAGAUCAAGGUAGCUGGGACAGAACUCGCAAAGUGGACAGUGCCACCAUUAACAACACCCUGAGGAACUUGGGAGCCCUCUACAGGCGACAGGGCAAACUGAAGGCAGCAGAGACAGUGGAGGCGGCGGCCAUUCACACCCCUAAACAAAGCCAGAAGCGGUGUGUUCUAGCUGCCGAGGCCUCCAGCAACAGCACGACCAUGGAUCACCAAUGCAGCAGUAGUGAGAGCCUGACCUCUGAGGUGAUCACAGUGAAGUACAACAGUGGCCUACAUGGGAGAGAGGAGGUCAGCCGCAGUCUGGAAUGGAAUGGGGAUGACCGUGGCUCCCUGAAAAGAAGCAGCUCCUUCAGUAAGCUGCGAGCCUCCAUCCGACGGAGCAGCGAGAAGCUCGUCCGCCGACUGAAGGGGGACAAAAACCCUGGCUAACCAGUCCCAUGUCUGACUAGGCUUCACAGUUCACACCAUUGCCACAACAGAGGGUGGGGUCAGUGGGCAUGUAUGGGGCACCAAGGCCCAGGCCUCAAUUUAACAAUGCCUAACCCCUAACCCCCAGGCACUUGUAGAUCUGAAAGCAUUGGAUAGGUAUAAACAAUAUACAACCUAGUGGGGAAAAAAGCAGGGCCAUAUUACUAAAUGCAAUACUUUCUGAAAUACAGUCAUUAUGCGCCUAGGCUGUGGUUGUUUCAAACAGAACCCCAUUGUCUUACAUCAGAUAGCAUAAUUUGUGUUUGCACUGAUCGGUAGAGGGACUAACAGUCGAAGAAGUAGGAGUGGCGCCACCUGUUGAAAGACAAUGACUGAAUCCUAGCCCUUAGCUCCCGUUUGUUGGUACUCUUUUGAUUCCCUUUCAACAUGACUGGCCUGAACAAAGCUUUAGAUGGAACGCUUGGCCAUUACCGUCCCAACCCUAAAGCCUUGUGAGAUUCUGAUACAGUACCAUCGCCUUAUUCUAUGCCAGCCAUAUUUGCACCACCUGGGUAUUGGUAAUGUAAUGGUAGCUCAAGCUUGUUUGCUUUUCUAGUCCUUCCCUAUCAUAAAGUACCCAUUGGCAGAAGCUAUAGUAGGGAUGGCUUCAAACUAUUGAGAUGCGCCCUUUGAUUAUCUGUCUAUGUGUAGCAAAUGGGAGAACUGUAAUACUCACUCCUUAACCUGAAGUGUCACUCCUUGCGCCAUUGGAAAAGUCCUUUUCAAUAGUGCCACGGGUUAGAACACUUCAGGAGGGAGGUCACGUGUGUUUGCGGGGCAGAGGUCCUGAGUUGGAAGUCUCGAUAUGAGUCGAUCAAGGGGAAGCGGUACUCGCUAAGCAAGCAGCGUGAUGUCCUUUAUAUAUGUCGUAGACAUGACUUGGCUCAAGCUACUGACAUUCUCAACCCCUUCAUUUACGUUUCAUUUAAUGUCUUGUUUAUAUGUGAACAUUUCUCUGUAAAAACUGUAGAAAUGAUAGAAAUGUUUAAGAGCCAGGUAGGUUGUGCACAUUUUCAUGUGAUUUUCUUGUGAUUUUUAAACACCUGCUGGAUGAAAAAAGUAGAGAAUUUCACAUCGUAGUUGCAUUUAAAUAUAUAAUAUAAUAAUAUAAUAAUAUAUGCCAUUUAGCAGACGCUUUUAUCCAAAGCGACUUACAGUCAUGUGUGCAUACAUUCUACGUAUGGGUGGUCCCGGGGAUCGAACCCACUACCCU